AUGAAGGCUACCGGAAUUGUUGCCCUCUCCCUGCUCGGCUUCGCCGCUGCUGCCCCCUACAAGCACUUCCAGCAGAAGGCCAAGCGUGAUCUCGUCUGGAUCACCGAGACCGCCGAGGUCGUCGAGACCGUCGUCGCCACCACCACUGUGUGGGUUGACCCCACCGAGGCUGCCCAGGACUACACUACUCCCACUCCGGAGCCCACGACCACUGAGGAGGCCACCACUGAGGAGACCACCCUCACCACUCCUACUCCGGAGCCCACGAGCACCGAGGCUCCUGCUACCACUGAGGAGCCCUCCACCUCGUCCACCUCGUCCACCUCGGUCUACACUCCCCCGGCACCCACCACGACGUCGACUCCUACCUCGACCCCUACCCCGACCCCGACCUCGACCUACACUCCCCCGGCCACCACCGAGGCUUCCUCUUCCACUUCCACUUACGUCGCUCCCUCUUCUUCUGAGGCCUCUUCUUCUGCCGUCCCCACCAAGUCGGCUGUUGUUGCCGCCGAGUCCUCCACCGGCGAGACCUUCUCGCCCUCCAGGAUCACCUACUACAGCCCCAGUGUUGGCCUCGGCUCUUGCGGACAGGUCUACAGCGAUGACAGCAACGUCGUCGCCCUCGCUGCCGGCAACAUGAACUCGGACCUCUGCAACAAGAAGCUCACCAUCGAGGUCAAUGGCAACCAGUUCGGCGCCUUCAUCGGUGACACUUGCCCCGGCUGCCCCAGCGACGGCUCCCUCGACAUCACCCCCACCCUCUUCACCAAGAUGAUGGGCUCGACCGACGCUGGUGUCAUCACCGACGCCAAGUGGUGGUGGGACGAGUAA